UAAAAACCGGAUCCAAAUCAGAGAGAGAGAAUCCCGGGGAGAAUCCGGAUCAGAGAGUCAGUCCCGGGGAGAAUCCGGAUCAGAGAGUCAGUCCCGGGGAGAAUCCGGAUCAGAGAGUCAGUCCCGGGGAGAAUCCGGAUCAGAGAGUCAGUCCCGGGGAGAAUCCGGAUCAGAGAGUCAGUCCCGGGGAGAAUCCGGAUCAGAGAGUCAGUCCCGGGGAGAAUCCGGAUCAGAGAGUCAGUCCCGGGGAGAAUCCGGAUCAGAGAGUCAGUCCCGGGGAGAAUCCGGAUCAGAGAGUCAGUCCCGGGGAGAAUCCGGAUCAGAGAGUCAGUCCCGGGGAGAAUCCGGAUCAGAGAGUCAGUCCCGGGGAGAAUCCGGAUCAGAGAGUCAGUCCCGGGGAGAAUCCGGAUCAGAGAGUCAGUCCCGGGGAGAAUCCGGAUCAGAGAGUCAGUCCCGGGGAGAAUCCGGAUCAGAGAGUCAGUCCCGGGGAGAAUCCGGAUCAGAGAGUCAGUCCCGGGGAGAAUCCGGAUCAGAGAGUCAGUCCCGGGGAGAAUCCGGAUCAGAGAGUCAGUCCCGGGGAGAAUCCGGAUCAGAGAGUCAGUCCCGGGGAGAAUCCGGAUCAGAGAGUCAGUCCCGGGGAGAAUCCGGAUCAGAGAGUCAGUCCCGGGGAGAAUCCGGAUCAGAGAGUCAGUCCCGGGGAGAAUCCGGAUCAGAGAGUCAGUCCCGGGGAGAAUCCGGAUCAGAGAGUCAGUCCCGGGGAGAAUCCGGAUCAGAGAGUCAGUCCCGGGGAGAAUCCGGAUCAGAGAGUCAGUCCCGGGGAGAAUCCGGAUCAGAGAGUCAGUCCCGGGGAGAAUCCGGAUCAGAGAGUCAGUCCCGGGGAGAAUCCGGAUCAGAGAGUCAGUCCCGGGGAGAAUCCGGAUCAGAGAGUCAGUCCCGGGGAGAAUCCGGAUCAGAGAGUCAGUCCCGGGGAGAAUCCGGAUCAGAGAGUCAGUCCCGGGGAGAAUCCGGAUCAGAGAGUCAGUCCCGGGGAGAAUCCGGAUCAGAGAGUCAGUCCCGGGGAGAAUCCGGAUCAGAGAGUCAGUCCCGGGGAGAAUCCGGAUCAGAGAGUCAGUCCCGGGGAGAAUCCGGAUCAGAGAGUCAGUCCCGGGGAGAAUCCGGAUCAGAGAGUCAGUCCCGGGGAGAAUCCGGAUCAGAGAGUCAGUCCCGGGGAGAUUCGGAGCGGGUCCGGGAUUGCCGAAUGGCCACAACCCGAGUGAUUCCGGGCAGGAAGAUGCAGACACUGAUCCGGAGCAACGGCGGAGCAGCCCGGGAGCGGGAGCCAGUGAGGGACCGAGAGCUGUUUGAGAAAUGUUACCAGGUGGGUCCAGUCCUGGGCAGCGGUGGCUUCGGGACAGUUUAUUCCGGAGUUCGUCUAUCGGAUGGAGUCCCGGUCGCUAUUAAACACGUGCCGCGUGAGAGAAUCACUGACUGGAAGCUGCUGAAUGGAUCCAUGAUCCCACUGGAGAUUGUGCUGCUGAAGAAGGUUUCAACAGGAUUCCGAGGGGUGAUUCAGCUCCUGGAAUGGUUUGAGCAGCCAGAUGGAUUUCUCCUGAUCCUCGAGCGGCCGGAACCUGUGCAGGAUCUGUUUGAUUACAUCACAGAGCAUGGCGCGCUGUCAGAGGAAAUGGCACGUGAAUUUUUCAGCCAGGUGCUGGAGGCGGUCCAACACUGUCACGAUUGCGGUGUGGUGCAUCGUGACAUCAAGGAUGAGAAUAUCCUAGUGGAUCUCCGGACCUGGGAGCUCAAACUCAUCGACUUUGGGUCUGGAGCGUUGCUACGGGAUACCGUCUACACAGAUUUUGAUGGUACCCGGGUGUACAGCCCGCCAGAGUGGAUCACCUAUCAUAGAUAUCAUGGUCGCUCAGCCACAGUGUGGUCACUGGGAAUUCUACUGUAUGACCUGAUCUGUGGGGACAUCCCCUUUGAGCAUGAUGAGGAGAUUACACGAGGCACAGUCCCCUUUCGUGGGCAUGUUUCUAGAGAAUGCCAACAUCUCAUCCAGUGGAGUCUCUCUCUCCGCCCAUCUGAUCGACCCACCCUGGACCAGAUUCUGUCCCAUCCUUGGCUGAAGCAACACACUAUGGAUCUGGGUAUGAAACACCUAGAAAAGUCAGACAGCUCCAGCCAGGAGAGUUUGUGAUUCCCUCGGGGUCUGAGAGCGAGAGCUGCAAGUCUAAGGAGUAGGAGCUGCUGUUAAAGUGCGUAUUACAGACUUAGCGAGACACAGCACGAAGCAAGAAGCACCUGCCCCUUGAGUUGGACACUGAGGCAUGCAGUGGAGAUGGCCACAGAACUGAGUUCGACCCAGGUUGAUUGGGUCUGAGGGUUUGAGGCUGUGAUGUUGGCGUCAUGAGAGCAAUUAACUCCGUCAAACUCUCAUCAGGGGCCCUCUGAUGAAUGGGACGAAGCAGCUGGUGGGGAUGGGUCUGUCUCUGUAUAACACUGGGGUACAGUACUGGUGGGGACGGGU